GGCUCUCUCACCAUCGUGUUGAACCAGUACCGCGACAGCCUCGAUUGCAGCCCGGCGUAGACGUUACCGCAUGCACUGUGGUCGAACACUAGCUCGGUAAACAUCAGUGCCUCCGAACGAAUUCGCUAUGAGGAUAGGGAACCUCGAGUGCUGCGUCAAGGCCGACCUUAAGCGCCUCGAGGAAUAUGACGUCCGCCUUUCUAAGGACGGAAAGAAAGGUACCGCAUGGAUCGCAUCCAAAGUUGGUCAGGAGUUCUACCUCGUCUGCGCUGACCCUCACAAGCGCACGCGGGCGACAUGCAGCCUCGACGUUGAGGUGGAAAUUGACGGCUUGAAGAGCGGGCUGCAUAUAAUAGAGAAAAACCGCAAGACGAAUAAGAUCUACAUCCGGGACGUGCUCGUGUCGUCGACGGAAUCACGUAAAUUCCAGUUCGGCGCAUUGGACCUCACUGAUGAUGAUGCGUACCUUUAUACUAGUCAACGUCGCAUUGGGGAAAUUGUGGUCAAGUUUUGGCGCUCCUGCAUCAAUGGUUUGAACGAUGAGAUGGACGCAGAUACGGCCGUUCAGGAUCCCACUCCGGUGCAUGAGAGAGAAAAGAAAGGCUUCCUCCACGUCGUACGGCUCGGCAAAGUCGAUACCAUCAGCGCACAGUCGGGAAUUACUGCGAGGAAGUUGGACGAUGAACCCCUGGCCGUAUUCACCUUCUACUACCGCGGGAUAGAUGUCCUCCGCGCCGAUGGUAUCGCGCCGAAGCCUCCCUCCGAGGAGCUUGUGUCGCUCUGUUCCACCUUGGAGUUUGCCUCCACCUCUAUCCCGACCGCAGUCAAGCGCAAGGCGUCAGAAGAGCUGCUUCCUGAGCUUCCAAAGGUGAAGGUCAAAGACGAGGAGUUCAAGCCCGCGUCCAGAUUCAUUAUACAGCCUCAUACGCCGGCUUGGACUACGUUUGAGCCUUUGUGGUAUACAUCACAGCGUGUUGAUUGCAGACACGGAAAAAAAGAAGUAGUGAAGUCCGAGAAGGCAUCCCCUUUCGUUCCCGGUGAAGUCAUCGACCUCACUGGCGAGUGAGGCGAUGGAGAUGAAACUGGAAUCUUCCUAAGUCCUACCUCAGUGCUACGUGCUGCUCGGUAGUGUCAACCUCUUUCUUGGAUUUCUUGAAUAUCUUGAAUCAUGCUUGCUGCAGCACGAGUUUCAAA